UAAAUUUAAUUGUUUGAUUUGUCUACCUGCUUCGUGCUGCUGUGGGCUGUUGUACUGUCUGAACGACUCAAGCCAGGCAAGGAGAAGUUGUCCGUCGUUGAACUUUGGUACCUUUGUGCACUACUUACGAACAGUGCAGCGCAGCUCUACUUCCUUGGUUUGGACACACUGCCAGGCAUAUCUACAGUGCACUCACUCUUGUUUGGAAGAAACGUUUGGAUUUGUCAAAUAAUUGUACAGCUAUGGAUGCCGCAGCAUCUAGCCAGCAGGUUGCGACGGAGUCAAUGUGCGUUUAUUGCUUUGACGUCCUUGUGAACCAUCACAAUCCAAGGCACAGAAUCGUCAAGCCUGACUUCACAGACGCAGCCUAUCCUCUAUUCGUCACGUUCAAGUUCUCAGCAAACAAGCAGCUGAGAGGUUGUAUCGGCACGUUUUCAGACACUCCACUGCGUGAAGGUCUGCGCCAGUACACUCUCACUAGUGCACUGAAGGACAGUCGCUUCAACCCGAUCAAGUGGGAAGAGAUCUCGCUGCUCGAUUGCGGCAUAUCGCUGCUGACCAAUUUCGAGCAGGCACGGAGUUAUCUUGACUGGGAGAUUGGCAUUCAUGGCAUAAGGAUUGAGUUUGAGUUCCGAGGACGUACUAAGACAGCAACAUACCUUCCCGAAGUCGCAUCGGAGCAAGGCUGGGACAAGAUGGAGACGCUGGGCAGCCUGCUGAAGAAGGGCGGUUACACCGACCGGGUGACGGAGCAGUACUUGCGCACGAUUCGCCUGACGCGCUAUCGUUCCGAUAAGGUCACGUUAUCGUACGGUGACUAUCAGCACUUCAAACAGAACCUUGAACGAUUAACACAGCGGAAGUAACUCAACUACUCUUUUCCGUCGGUGCAGUGUAUGUUUUUUUGUAAGAGGUGGUCAGUGCACCACCUAGUGUGUGAGGGAUGUGUGCAUAUUUAAAGUUUUAUACUAUAUUUGGUCUUUACUCCGUGUGUUUGUACUUCUAUUUUAGUAUAAUUGGUGAGUUCUUUAGGAAACACUCCUCCUGGCCUAACCCUAUCUCCACGUGUCUUGUAUUCAUCAUCACGUUCGCAUUUUUAGCAGGUACAGUGCCCACACAUGCACGCACGCACGCAUGCGCACACACACACACACACACACACGCACGCACACACACACGCACGCACACACACACACACACACGUCAUCACCACCAUGGCCGGCACCAUGGGUCUCUUUUCUGGAUAUGUUUGUAACUUCAAAAAACCUAUAGUAUUGAAUUGUGUUUCGGGAUUGGUCUAGUUCUCAACACACUCAGCAAUACUUCCGCUUUAUUUCAUCUCCACAAAAAAUACCGCUAUCACUUUUUUUAUGGUACCGUCUGAAUUUUUAAUGAUCGUUUCUCCCUUCAAGUAGUAUGUUGUUACUCCUUUUAUUCUCAUGAAUUGUUCUUGCUAUGCCUACUUAGUUAGUGUACUAUUCUAGUUACUACUACUACUACUACUACUACUACUACUACUACUACUGCUACUGCUACUGCUACUGCUACUGCUACUACUACUGCUACUGCUACUGCUACUGCUACUGCUACUGCUACUGCUACUACUACUAUACGGUUGUCUAAGAUCCUCAGGCUGCGUAUAGUGCUCUCUGUCCAGUGAACAGAGCCAGCAGUACAAUACUCGCACAGCAAUGACACAACCAA